AUGUCCACAACAACAAAUAUUGUGGUUCCAAGAGACGAAGUUCUAGAUCCGUUUCUGCUACCGCCCCCAGUGUGGGUAGACGACGAGUCGGUCAAAGCCUGCGAGAGCGAGAAGUGUGGGGCUACGUUUACGACACUGCGAAGAAAGCAUCAUUGUCGCCAAUGUGGCCAUAUCUUUUGUCAAGAUUGUUCUUCUCGACGUCUUGCCCUACCUCAACUGGGAGAACUCAAGCCUGUUCGUGUUUGUAACGGAUGCUUUAAAAUUGCAUACCUUGUCGGAUAUGUCAUAUCUGACGGUCAAAAUAUGCAGAUUCAUGGUGCUCGAGGACUGGCUGAAAUUGUAGAUCAAGGCAAAGAGGAAGAGAAAUCGAACUUGAUAAGUCAAGGAGGUCUGGAUGCUUUGAUCUACUUGUGCCAACCACAACAUCUGCCUGAACUUCACUUCUGGGCGACAACUGCUUUGGCUAAGUUUGUGCUUAUAGAGGACCACAUACCUACUCUUUUCAUGAAGGGAGCACUGCCUUACCUCUAUGUACUCAUAUUUCUCUAUGCACAAAGAGCUUCCGCGAAACAAUCAGACGAGCAAUUUGUUUCAUCUGCUAAACUGUUGGAACAGGCAGAAUCCCUAAUGCAGAGAAUGCUGAUGGACAAGGCAUUUGAUGCAAUCCUCAUAUUAGCAGGCUUUGAAUUAGCCCCCAAGAAGAUUGUUUCAGUAGAAGACUCGGACAUUUCGUAUGAUGAAAUAUGUCUUAGGGUUGAGGAAGCGCAAGUAUUGGCAGCUAAAACCAUAUCUUCUCUCGCCUCUAACCCUACAAAUCAGCUUCAAAUGAUUGAAGGUUCAGAUAAUGGUCUUACUGGACUCAUACAACUCCUGCAUACAAAACAACCAGAAGUUGGUAGAUAUGUAGCGAAGUCUAUUGCUUACCUGUCAACCAGAAAUGAUAAAUACAAGUCAAUGCUUGUACAAGAUGGCCGUGCUGAAUUGUUGGCUUCCAUCAUUAAGAUCACGGAUGAGAAAUUAGCCGUAGCCAACCAGAUGACUAUAGCACAUACAGCAUGUGCACUGGCGAAUCUUGCGACCAAUGGUGAAUCUCAGAGACUUUUAAUAGAACAACCAAAUAUACUUCUAAAUCUUUGUAAUGUUGUCGCGACCUUCAUUAGCAACAAAGAAGUCCAGCGGUACGUACAUCUUACCACUAGUAUGCAUUUGAUGAGUUUUAUAAAGCUUGCAAGCGUACUUACUGUCGAAAAUGAUUAUAAACAUUUACGUAGACAUAUUGCACGACUGUUGGCUAAUUUCGCACUAUAUGAUGAUAACAAAAAAAGGAUGCUUGGAGAUAUAGUUAAUACAGAAGAUACAUCACACGUCAGUGUCGUAGCAGCACUCAUAGCAAUUGGAGAUUCUCCUGUGGCUGAUACCGAAAUUCAUAGACACAUAGUUCGCGCAUUCGACAAUUUGUCGACUGCAGUCGAUAUACCCAUAAAGUCCCUUGCUAAACUUAUUCCUAGCAUUUCAUUAAUCAACCGUAUCGCCACGACAGCUGUUGAUGAAGAUAUUCGCAGAAGAGCUGCCCAAGUUAUCAAGAAACUAGAUCAAAUAGAGAAGCUUCGGGAAGAAUCGGAUGAAGGGCCAAACGAUCUACAUUUUCAUUGA